CGGUCCAAAAAAAUGCCCAAAGACAAAAUUUUCAAGAAGUUCAGCAGUUGCUUUUGUUGUUUAAAGUGUACUGCAAAAAAGGUAGUUUUAAAGCCGCCUUCACCACCUUUUUACGAAGUUCUGCCUAUAGAAACACGACCGUCUGAGUACAUUUUGAAAAUGUCAUCUGAAGUUGACACUAGUGGCAUGAUGAAAAUUAUGAAACAGGAUGUUCGCUUUAUCAAGACAACCCUAGGGAAUGAUAUAGUUGUUCUGUUCUUGACAUGUUCUAUUAGAGCUCGUUAUACUCUAAUCUACAGCCAUGGGAGGAGUACUGAUAUUGGGCAAAUGCAUAGCUUUUGUGCAUUUCUGAGUUUUGUAACAGGGUGUGAUAUAGUCACUUAUGAUUACUCAGGAUACGGUCACAGUGAAGGCAAACCAUCCGAGGAAAAUCUUUAUGAGGACAUACGAGCAGCAUGGAAUUAUGCUUUAACUAGACCAAACCCAGAAAAUAUAAUUUUAUAUGGACAAGAUAUUGGAGCUACAGCCACCUUGGAUCUAGCUUCUAAAGUUUCGUGUGCAGGUGUAAUACUUCAUGCGCCCAUCGCAUCGACAGUUCUUGUUGUCUGUUAUGGUAAACCACGUAGCGAUUGCAUAAGUUCUUUCAACAGCGCAGAAAAAGCCCGCAAGGUAACGUGUCCAGUGUUAGUCAUCCACGGAACCAAUGAUGAAGUCAACACUUUAUCCCACGGCAAAACUCUUCAUAAGCUGUGCUCACGAGCUGUGGAACCGCUGUGGAUACAAGGCGCAGCUCACAAUAAUCUUCAUGUAUAUGGGCAAUACGAGGAGAGGCUCCGCAAAUUCAUCAAUGAAGAACUUUCCGAUUAAUGCUUUACGAAUACUGUUAUCUCCCUUAUCAUCAGUACUGCUUAUGAACAUCAUUAAUAGGGUAUAAAGAAUUUGGAUCGAGGGUAACGAGAUUAUUAAACAGAUAAA